CAUCAUCAUCACACAGCACCGGCUCGUAGAGGAGGGACCACAGACACCAUUCCGCACAGCAUCCUCAAUAACCAUCAGCAUUGGAUUUUACCAACGCUUUUCCUGGACCGGGGAACCACACUGGCAGUGGCUAUCUAAGGAUAGCCCAUCCAAAGAGGACAAUGAAAAAACCUGCAUUCUUACAUUAUUGAAGGACAGAAGUGCCUUCACAGAUAUCAUGACUCCUGGAGACCUUCUGGAAGAGUCUCGUAAUAAUUGACGUUUUCUGUCUUGAAAGCCAUGGACUGAGAAGCUGAGACAUAUUUCAUAUUUCCAUGAUGGUCCUGUUUCUAGUUUCAGCAGCUCUCAUUUCAAACAGUUCUUCUCAUGGAAACCUGACCACAGAGUCUCCAGCGCCUCAGGGCUCACAUGUUUUAGCCUCAGGCCUUGUCACCUCUCUGCUGCUCGUCAUCUUUCUUCUCCUUGUUGCCUAUAUUCUGAGGUUUAGAGAGCAAAGGAAGGAUCUUGUCACCUCAGUUGACAAGAAGCUGCCAAAUGGCUUUCUGGAAGAUCAAGAACAAACAGUGGUGCUCCUCCCCAGAUCCCCAUCUCCAUCAAAGCGCUAUUUUCCCAUCCCGCUGGACUCCCUGGAGGAAGAGUUUCGCCUCCGCAUGGCUGAUGAUGGCAAACUGUUCAGAGAAGAAUUUAAUUCUUUGCCUUGCGGUUUUGGCUGUGGGACCUUUGAGGAGGCAAGCAGAGAAGAAAACAGAGAAAAGAACAGAUACCCCAAUAUUCUACCAUAUGACCAUUCAAGAGUGCUGCUCUCACACAUAGAUGGAUAUAUGGGCUCAGAUUACAUAAAUGCAUCUUAUAUAGAUGGCUACAGAGAAAAAAACAAAUUUAUUGCAGCUCAAGGCCCAAAACCAGAGACAGUGGGAGAUUUCUGGAGGAUGGUUUGGGAGCAUAAAUGUGCCACUAUAGUCAUGUUGACCAACACAAGAGAGAGAAAAGAGGAGAAGUGCUAUCAGUACUGGCCUGAGCAGGGCUGCUGGAUCUAUGGCUGUGUAAGGGUGGCAAUGGAAGACUUCACUGUGUUGGUGGACUAUACCAUAAGGAAGUUCUGUGUGCAGCAUCAUGCCGCUGAAGGCUGCAGACCUCCAAGACUGGUCACUCAGCUGCAUUUCACCAGCUGGCCUGAUUUUGGCGUACCUCUUUCUCCUAUUGGCAUGCUUAAGUUCCUCAAGAAAGUCAAGAGUGUCAACCCUGCCCAUGCUGGACCAAUCAUAGUGCACUGUAGCGCUGGGGUUGGCAGGACCGGUACCUUCAUUGUGAUUGACGCCAUGAUGGAUAUGAUGCACGCUGAGGGCAGGUUGGACGUGUUCGGCUUUGUGUCCAGAAUCAGAAAGCAGCGCUGUCAGCUCAUUCAGACAGAUAUGCAGUAUUCAUUCAUUUACCAGGCACUUUUGGAGCAUUACCUGUUUGGGGACACUGAGUUAGACAUCGCUUCCCUGGAGGGUCACCUUCAUAAACUCCACAACACGCACACAAACAUGGACCGCGUGGGCCUGGAGGAAGAGUUCAGAAAACUGACUAAUGUUCGCAUCAUGAAGGAGAACAUGAGAACCGGAAAUCUGCCCGCCAACAUGAGAAAGAACAGAGUUCUGCAGAUCAUCCCAUAUGACUUCAACAGGGUAAUAUUAUCAAUGAAGAGAGGCCAAGAAUUCACAGACUACAUUAAUGCAUCUUUCAUAGAUGGUUACAGGCAGAAGGAUUACUUUAUUGCAACUCAGGCACCUUUGGCCCACACUGUGCAGGACUUCUGGCGUAUGGUUUGGGAGUGGAAGUGCCACUCUAUCGUCGUGCUGACUGAGCUAAAAGAAAGAGAACAGGAGAAGUGUGUGCGUUACUGGCCAGCAGAGGGCAGUGUUUCGUUCGGAGAUUAUGUACUGGAGCUGAAAAGAGACACACUUUGCGAGACUUUCAGUAUUCGGGACAUGCUGCUGUCAUAUGCAUCAGAGAAACAGACCCGUCUGGUCAGACAGUUCCACUUCCAUGGUUGGCCAGAGAUUGGAAUCCCGUCAGACGGAAAAGGAAUGAUUGACAUUAUUGCCGCAGUGCAGAAACAACAGCAGCAAUCUGGAAACAACCCUAUAGUGGUGCAUUGCAGUGCUGGGGCUGGUCGGACCGGAACCUUCAUUGCUCUCAGCAACAUCUUAGAGCGGGUCAAAGCAGAAGGAUUACUGGAUGUUUUUCAGACCGUGAAGAGUUUACGGACUCAGAGACCACAUAUGGUCCAAACUGUGGAACAGUAUGACUUCUGCUACAGAGUUGUGCAAGAUUUUGUGGAUAUCUACUCCGACUAUGCUAAUUUCAAAUGAGUACAGAUUACCAACACACAUUUAUAUUUAAAGAAAAGCUAUUACUGUGGUUUAGUGACACUCCAUGCACUUGACAUUUACAAUAUUUUUCUUAUUUAUAUGCAGUACAAUUUUGGAUGACCAAACUCCAGUGGCUUAAACACAGAAAAAGUUGUUUGCAUUCAUUUUUUUAACAUUUGUGUGUUCUUUAUGAACGAAAAAUGUUUUAUUUUUCUUUUAAAAUGAGCAUAAGACAAAACUAUUUUUAUUUAAAAAGUGUGUUCACAUCAGAAGUGUAAAGCAUUCCAUUCUCAGUAUUUCUUCCUUCUAUUAUCCGACAGCUUGCUUCCCCCCUAAAAAAUUUGCAUGGUUAUUUGUGUGUACUAUAGUGUACUAAAAGUAGUUCUUCCAAAUUUGAAUUUUACAGCCAUUGAUGGCCAUAUUCUGAUUUGCAUUAGCCCUGAUGAGUCACUUGUACCAUAGACGUGCUCUUCACCUCUCACUUCAUCUUCAUAACUAUAAUGAAACUUUAGCUGGCUUUAAAGUUUCUUUGAUGAUAAUGCUAUUUAUUACUAAGACUUUCCAAGUCUGUCAUAUAAUCAGGAGGCUAAAGAUGGGACAGAUAUAUGGAUUACAGCAUAAAAAUGAUAUUAGGUUGUGGAAUAUAUAUAGUGAAUUCAGGUCAAUUGCAAUUGAGAUGACCAAGAAAAAGUAUCCCAAUUGACUAGAAUUCACCCCUACAUGCUAUGAAUGAAACUUGUUUAACAAUAAAGGAAUAUGUUCCUUUCAUUAUUCCGUACAAACAUAAUUGAUACAUCAAUAAGUUGUGUUUGUUUGCUUGUUUAAACAAAUUCAGGGGAAAAAAAUAAUUAUGCUGUCACUGCAGUGUUCUUACAACAGGGUAAUGAGGAAAGACAUAUGCCUUAAUCCUGAAAAACACCAUUUUCUGCAAUAAAUGUUUCAGUCAAUA